AUGUAUAAUCCUACUGCAUACUCUUCGGAAAGUGAAGAAGAUGAGGAGGUCAUAAAUAAUAUAGAAGAAGUUUUUGAAAGCCUAGCACUAGAAGAGAAUAGGGAAGAAAGUGAUGAAGAACAAGAAAAUCGGGUCGCAGGUGAACCCCAAAUUAUAAAUGCUGUCUGGUCUGAAUACGAAGGUCGUCAUAAAACAUUGACUUUUUCGGGAAAAUCAGGCCUACAAGUAGAUGUCCCACAAAGUGUCACCCCAUUUGAUGUUUUUCGUUUGUUUAUUGACGAUGAAAUAAUCAACCUCAUCGUAUUAGAAACAAAUAGAUACGCUGAGCAACAACAGAUUGCAAAAGAAUUGAAACGCGAAAGUCGAAUGAAAAAAUGGACUACAACUAAUAGCGAUGAAAUGAAAAAGUUCUUGGGACUUGUUUUAUAG